CCAGUUACUUAGAAGCAGGCAGGUUGGUGGCCCUUCUCCCUGGGCCCCUGCUGCAGGCUGGGCCCUGGACUCUCCCCAGGCUCUGGCAGCCCCACUUGGCCCUGGGAAGGGCGGGGCUGGUUGCCAAGGCCCCAGGUGUUGUGGAACAGGAAGCAGGAAGCAGGCUGACUCCCUAGGACCUGGGACUUGCCUGGCUGGGGGAGCGGAGGCCUCUGGAGGAGUAGAGGUGACUCCUGCCAAGAUGGGUCUGUCCACGGAGGAGCUAGGGUAUGAACUGGAGGUCACGGCCCAGGAAGUGCUAGGGAGGCUGAAGAGCCGCCACCUGUUCCAGUCCCAAUGGGACACUGCCGCCUUCGUGGUCUUCCUCAUCUUCGUGGGCACUGUGCUAUUCCUGCUGCUUCUGGUCAUUGUCCACUGCUGCUGCUGCUGCUGCUGCACCUCCCCCAAGCCCCGGAAGGUGAGCCCCCCGAAGGAAAGGUCCAUGGGAGUGGAUAAUUUUGCCCUGGAGCCUUAACGCCAGUCCCUUGGCCUUUGUCCUGCUGGAUGACAGUAACAAAGUCUGUUUCCUGGAGCUUGAGUCUGGACUGUGUGCUGAGCCCCUUGGGUGGGCAGUGUGGGGGCUCACUGCUGCACUAGGGUGUCCAUGGGUCCCUUCAGGUCUCCCAGCUCCCGGGAGACCUCUUGCCACCACCCGAUGGGCCCCUCUAGCCAGGCAUGGUGGCACCUGCAAUACCAGGAGCUCCCAGCAACUUGGGAGGCUGACUUUGGAGAAGCGUAAGUUCAGGGCCCAGCCUGGGCUACAGGGAGAGACUCCAUCUCACGCUCACACAGAAAAGUGGGUUCUGUGCUUGACCCUGCCAUGUCACUGAGUGAGAAAACGAGCCCUGGGAACGGGGAAGGCCACUGACCACCAGGGACCCUAGUGUGCUCCCAACUCAGGCAGAAAAACAGAAACAAGGGCUGUAGGCAAAGUCUGACAAUCUUUAUUUAAGUCCU